AUGACGUCCGCUGAUUGGGGACAUGACAUUCCCUUAGUAUACGCCUCCAUCCCCGAAACCUAUGCCCUCAUCAAACCUCACAUCCACCAAACCCCCGUUCUCACUAGCACCUCCCUCAACGAGUACGCCUCAACGCCCCGCACGCCCGAGGAACUGGCCGGCACGGAAUGGGCUGAUCCGUCACACGUGCCUGCAAAGCCUAAGAUCCGGCUGUAUUUCAAGUGCGAGAACUUUCAGAGAAUCGGGGCAUUUAAGGCACGGGGAGCGUUCCAUGCUGUGGAGAGACUCAAAAGGGAGGAGGGGUGGUUGGACAAUGGGGGACGGGAGAAGGGGGUUGUUACGCAUAGUUCGGGGAACCACGCCCAAGCGGUAGCCCUCGCAGCCCGCGAGGCCGGCAUCCCAGCACAUAUCAUCAUGCCUUCAAACGCCAACCCCGUUAAAGUAGCCGCCACAAAAGCCCUCGGCGCAAACGUGAUCUUCUCCGGUCCCACAGCCGCCGAACGGGAGAAAGUCACUGCCGAAAUUCUCGCCCGGCUGAAUGGAGAAGCUCCUGAGGCUCAGGAGGCCAACUAUAGCUUUACCCCUGACUCUACAGCAGAGUCUGGUGCUUCCCAGCAGGAUAAGAAGACACAACCAAAGAAGGCCACAGCCACAGGCACAGCUACGGCAAGGCUAAUCCCCCCCUACAAUCACCCCCUCACCAUCCUCGGUCAGUCCACAGUCGCCUACGAACUCCUUCAGCAACUCUCCCCGUCCCUCCAACCCCACGCGAUCAUCACCCCCUCGGCGGAGGCGGCCUCCUCUCUGGCACCGCCCUAG